AGGUUUUGCCGGCGCCGGGGAUCGAACCCGCGACCAGCAUAACGGGAGAGCCACUCCUUUACCAGUCGGCCAAAGAGGUGGACAAGGUACGUGUGAGCAGCUGCAGGAGGUUCCUUGUCCUCCGAGUAAAGGACAACACACGGAGUGCCGCACACUUCAAAAGAUCGGAGAGAAUGAGCCGGAGAAUUAUCUCCAGAAUCAAUGAAGAUAGUAAAUUCUCAUUGCUGUGUAAGGUGGACAAGGUACGUGUGAGCAGCUGCAGGAGGUUCCUUGUCCUCCGAGUAAAGGACAACACCCGGAGUGCUGCAUACUUCAGAAAGUUCAAUUUGGACGACCUGGACCGGGAGAUGCAGGACACUGGAACACUGGAGGUGUGGAAAGUUCCGUCAAAGCGUGUGGAUGUAGUGGUCAGCGUCCCGCCGGAGGACGUGAUAACAUUUCUACGGAGGGGCAAGGCUAUACUCCUACACAAUGUGGUGUGCCGAGUCUUGUGCACCUGGAACUUCCCAUCCCCUGUUCAUGAGCUGCAUGUCAACACACAGCAAGAUGGCCGGGUGCAGCUCAUGCCAUGCGAUGACCUCAGCACCUGCAUUAGGGAGGGAUUCACUCAAAACACUGUGACCGAGGAGUUCCCAUAUGUUGGGUGGAUUAAGAUUGAGGAAAUCAGAAAGGGUCUUUCUUUUUCACUGAUCUGUAAGGUUGUACAGUGUGGGAGAGAGAGGGACACGGGCCAGGUGGUGCUGCAGCUGAAGGACGCAACGUUCACCAAGAUAUGCGUGAAAAAGUAUGACGUUGAUUUUGAAGAAGUUGACCUUGAUAACAGCCAGAGCAGCAAAGACCUUGGUUUCUAUAAGCAAGGCUCUGCUGUCAUUGAAGUUCUCCUUACUUCUCUAUCACAGGACAUUGGCAACAUUAAAGACAAGAUAAUGUCACUGGACAGAGUGGUGUGUGACGGAACUCCCUCCUGCCUGCCUCAUCCUGCAUCACCUUUAGUUCACUUCCUAUACAUCAACGCUGCUGACCCUUCCUUUAGUAUGGAACUCCGCAAACCUGAAGAACAAGUAACCAAAAACCUCUUAAGGUGUCCAACCAAGAUGAUGAUGAUAAAGAAGACUCGAGCGAGGACAGUGACGAAGAAGCUGCCACCCACUCGUAGUUAUUCUUCAACCCAUGACUCACACCUUUGGCCCAAUAAAACACUACUGAACAUGAUAUCGAUGAGUUUUUAUGUAGCCCUUUACUUAUGUUGAUGCUUUGUGUAGUUAUGAACUCCCUUGGGAUAAGAGUACGGAUAUAGGGAAAAUUAUGGUAACUUUUGGGUGAUAAAAGUCUCGUUAAUCUUUCCCCAUUUAUAGUUUGCCCCAGAUCUGGCGGUCACAUUUGGCGUGAUAUUUUCAGACUAAUGUAUUCGCCAGAUGCGAGGUUCCAUUGUAAACAAAGCUGAGAAUAAAAGGCUUAUUGAAUCCGUUGUGGACACUUCUUUAACCCUUCCGCUCUGGGUGUCCUCUUGGAAGGACACGCGUAAAAUUUGGCAAAAAUCCGGAUGUCAGCUCAGAAGGCAUGUGCAUAUUUCUACCAUUCGAAAUGCGUGCGCAGGCUUAGUUUGGUAUGAGCCCACGCCCAGCAUCCCGGAGCAUGUGUUGGCAUCACCAGUCAGUUGGUCACUAGCCGCAGUGAUGGAAGGACGUGAUAUUUCACUUUCCAAUGUGUCCAAACGUGUGCUUUCCUCCGCCGCUUCCUCGCCUCCACCCGCCCAAUGCUCCCAGCGCCCCAGAGCUGCCCUAACACCAUGCUCUAUCCUGGUGAAGCUGCAGGAAUAUGAAGACCUGUCACUCCGUGGUGAGUUGGGCGAAUUGCCAAGUGAUGAGAGUGAUUUUCAGUGUGAAGGCAAUGAUAUUCACGACUGAUGGCGAAUUUAUGGGAUUCGCCAACAAAAGUGAUAGUGAGCUUGAGAGCGAUCUCGAAGGUGAAGGUGAUGAGGCCUUAGACCAAGAUGAUGAAGGUGAAGGUGAUAUUGAUGUAGAUGAAGGUGAAAAAGAUGAUGAAAGUGGCAACCAAACGAGUGAGUCAGCCAGCAUUCUAGAAUCAUCCAGGGGGGACGUAUCGUUGCCUAUAGGACGAGUGACGCCUUCCCCGUUGAAAAAGUACUCUUAUUUAUACAAAAGGCAGGUUCUGAACUGUGAAAUUCAGCGGUUGCUGGAGAAAUCCAGUGUGGAUAGUGGUCGCAUGGGUCACGUGGUUGACCUCGUGGGUGACCUGGGCUUAGGUGGCGACCCGACCCACGCUACUGCCACAUCCCAAGAUUCUUUGCUCCCAGGACCUUCUACAGCUGUUCCUGCCCUGCAUCCCCCUCUCCUGGACAAAGCACACCCCUCAACGAGUUCAAGAAGAAUUAGGAUGAGUCGUCAGGAGCUAUUCAAGCCUGCAGGAGGUGUUAAACGGAAGGUAAGGUCACCUACGUGGACACCACACUCACCCUCACGCUCCCCCUCACCACUGCCCGCCCCAGCCACCCACGCAAUGCCCCCCACCUUGUCGUCGCCAACAACGACGUGAACCUUCUCCUGAGGAAAUGCCCCCCGAUAGUGAUCAGGACAGGGACCCUGGGGAAGAGUUUCCUGUGCAUCGUCCCCGAGUUUAUGAGGAAGAGGCAUCACCUGAGUCACCGGAUAGCUCACAAGACCCGAGCUAUCAUCCUGAAGGUGCUGCACGGGUAGCUGACGACGAGGUAGUGGACGAUCCCGAGCCCGUUGCUCUCCGCGGGCGUCCUCGUGGUCGUGGGCGUGGAGACCGUGCUGCCCGUGGACGAGGAGAAGCUGCCGAACGAGGACGAGGACGAGGAAGUGCUGGACAAGGAGAGGCUGCCAAACGAGGACGAGGAGAAGCUGGACGAUGACGCGGACGUGGACGAGGACAAGGUGGGCGUGGAGGACGUCAACCUCAUGAUGAGCCAUGGGCAUGGACUGAUGGGGCUGGAUUCCAACCCCAAGAUGCAUCCUUUGACGAGGAUGUGCAUGGGAGUGGAAUCAGUUCCAAUUUUCCCUGUGAUGCAGACUCGUCUCCCAGAUCUCUGUUCUCUGCCUUUUUUGACGAAGAGGUAGUGACCUAUGUGAGUGAUCAAAUCAGCAUUCACCACGACCUCCAGGUCACUCUCGGAAAUCAAGAACCAGGCGGACACAUGAGAUCCUGGAAACCAGACCAUGGCAGAGACAUAUGUGUUCAUGGCUCUGACGAUGUUGAUGGCCCACAUCAAGAAGCACAGGCUGGCUGAUUAUUGGAUCACUGGCGACAUAAUUUCCACCAGCGGUUUAGGGAAAUAUAUGUCUUGUGAUCGGUAUCAUGCCAUCCUGCGCUUCCUCCACUUUGUCACCAACACGGACGUCCACUUUCGUGAUUCCUUGUGGAAGGUACGAGUCUUCUACGAGAUGAUGCAUCAACGGUUCCGGAGCUUCUUCAACCCCCAUCAGAAAAUGAUCAUUAACGAGUCCCUGAUCCUAUACAGAGGGAACCUACACUUCCGCCAAUAUAUUCCCUCUAAGAGGCAUCGUUUCGGGAUCAAGCUGUUUGUGCUGUGUGACUGCAGGUCUGGGUAUGUCCUUGAUUUUAUGAUCUACAGUGGCAAGACUAGUGACUUUUUUUUUUUUUUUUUUUUUUUUUUUUUUU